AUGGAUGUACGAUUUUAUCCGACCGCUGGUGGGAAUUCUCUUCCUGGAGAACCAGCGAACCUGGAUUUUGCCCACUGUUUGGGCUACUACAACUUCAACGUGUGUAACAACAACAACAACUACAUGAACAUGGCGGAGGCGAACGGUGCUCUGCUCGCUGCUGGUGAUCAGACUUUUCACACGCCCAGCUUGGGAGACGAGGAGUUUGAGAUUCCUCCCAUUACACCUCCACCUGAGACGGAGUCUGGUAUGGGUCUAUCGGACGUGGACUCGCCUUUCCCAGCAAUGCCAGAGCCACCAGUUCCUCACAGGGGUCUCUUAAUCCCGCAGUUCCCCCCUCAGAGUCUGGAUCUGCCCUCUAUUACCAUCUCACGCAACAUGAUGGACCAGGAAGGGGUGUCUGUCAACAACGGCCAACCUGUGAAUGUUGGACCAGGCCAUCUUCGCCAGUAUCCACCCAACCCCGCCAUGGUGAUGAAGUCCAUCAUCAGCAUGAACAGCCCCAAUGGGAUGUUGUCCAGGAAUCAGCUGACCACCAUCAACCAAUCCCAGCUCAAUGCGCAGCUGAGCCUAAACAUGGGAGGACCCAACAUCAUCCAUACUUCCCCAUCACCACCUGCCAGCAAGUCCGCCACGCCGUCUCCCUCCAGCUCCAUCAACGAAGACGACCAGGACGAAGGCAACAGGGUCAUUGGAGAGAAGCGACCAGCUCCCAUAGAUCCCGCAAAGAAGCCCAAGACUCCAAAGAAGAAGAAGAAGAAGGAUCCCAAUGAGCCUUCGAAGCCGGUCUCGGCUUAUGCCCUGUUCUUCAGAGACACCCAGGCCGCCAUCAAGGGUCAGAAUCCCAACGCCACCUUUGGAGAGGUGUCCAAGAUUGUGGCCUCUAUGUGGGACGGUCUGGGAGAGGAGCAGAAGCAGGUUUACAAAAGCAAAACAGAAGCUGCCAAGAAAGAAUAUUUAAAAGCCCUUGCCGCGUACCGCGCUAGCCUGGUUUCCAAGGCCGCAGCAGAGUCAGCCGAGGCCCAGACUAUCCGCUCGGUCCAGCAGACCCUGGCCUCCACCAGCCUGUCCCCAGGCCUGGUGAUGCCCUCACCCCUUAACCAGCACCCCUCCAUGUCACCAGCUUCCCUGGCCCUCCAACAAGCCCUACCACGGGCCAUUGCCCCAAAACCUCUGCAGAUGAGACUAGGGGGCAAUCAGAUCGUGACCUCGGUUACAGUCUCCCACCCGAACAUGUCCUCUGGGAUGCCACCGCAGAUGCUCGGCCAGAUGGGUUCCGGUGGAGGGGGCAUGGUGGCGGGUGCCCAGUCCACAGCGGUGUCUCAGAUGAGCCCACCGAUGCAACCGGUGCAGCAGCAUGCAAUGCAGCAACUCCAGCAGCAGCAGCAGAUGCAGCAGCAUCUCCAGCACCAUCAGAUGCAGCAGCAGCAGAUGCAUCACCAGCAGAUCCAGCAGCAGAUGCAGCAUCAGCAUUUCCAACACCACCUCCAGCAACAGCUUCAGCAACAGCAGCAACACCAACAACAGCAGCAGCAGCAGCAGCAGCAGCAGAUGCAGAUGCAGCACAUGCAGAUGCAGCAUCAGCUGCACCAGCAGCAGAUUCAACAUCUCCAGCAGCAGCAACAGCAGCAGCACCAGUCCCAGUGUUCCCCACCCCAGCACUCCCCUGGUACACCCCAUUCAGUGGGAGGCUCUGCAUCGCUCGGCAGCCCCCAGCCGGCCCCACAACAGCAACCACACCCCUCCCAAAUCCAGGCCCACGCCCAGGUCCUGUCCCAAGUCAGCAUUUACUGAGCCAAAUGGAAAUCCUAUCUCACAGAACAGGAAUAGAAUAAAAGCAUCAUUUCAUGUUGCUUUUCUAAGUUGCACUUAAGAAGUGUGAAAGAUUUAGAAUGUUAUACAAAGAACUUGUCCAUUGUUAUAGACGGAUAUGCACACGCGUGUACAGGGGGUAAACAUGUUACCUGGGUUUUUUGUCUAUAAAAUAGGCUGAGCUGUGACAGAAGCCUGUUAGGGCGAGCUCCCAGUGUUUGUUUAUUUGUUUGUGCUGUCUUUCAGUUGUCAAUUUAAGCUGACUGGGCACACGAUAUGUUGAGAGACGCGUGUCUUUCACUGUUUUAUUUAACAAUAAAGCUUUAUUUAUGAGGCCAGAGUUGUCAGCUUGAAUGCGUUUCAACAAAAGGAUUUCUAUCAGCUCUUACCUGGACUGAGUGACUCACAGGAUCCUUACUGGAAACCAGUAACCCACACAUCACUCUUUGUUCCCACACUGGCCAUUAUAUAGGAAGACUUUCUUUGCUCAAACCUUUCACCCGUCGCAGAUGUAACCGUUCAACAAUGGCGUGGAGGAAAUGGUUGAUGAAAUCAUCACCCGUCGGCGGCCCAGUGAUAUUUGAACACAUUUAAAUCAUGUCACAAAUGCAGAAAAUGUCUAGAAGAAAAAGGGGAACAGAAAACACAAAGAGCAGGGACGCAGAUCUCUGAAUGAAUGACUGAACAGACUGAGACAGAAGCUGCCAUAAAUCAUUUAUUUCAUCACAUCAUCAAACUGUAGCUGUAAUCUGCUGUACAUGUUUUGUAGAGUGAGGAGGGACGAGACCUCCCGUAUCCAGUAAUCUACCCUCCGGACGAUUUGCCCAAAAGCGUGUAACUGGCAACCCCCCACCCCCCACCCCCUCCAAAAAUGAUCUUCUUUAAUCUAUUUGUUUUUACUUCAGAUGUCUAACAAUUAAAUUAUGUUUUUAUUUUGUGUAACAAAGGGGAUAUUUUAUGGUAAAUUCAAAUGUCAAGGCAGAUGGUUUGGGGAUUGAUGUAUUUUUACUCUGCUCCUUGAUACGUCACUGUUUUAAAAAAGGAAAAAAAGAAAACUAGCAGAGCCAGUUUCUUGCACUGCCAAAGCCAACUGAAAAAAAGGCAUCGGAGGUAUUUUUGCCAGCUGUACAGAAGUCCCUGGAGAAAAAAGAAAUUGUUGUACAUUUUUCAUAUCACAUGUUGUAAAGUUUUAAUAUGUGAGGCUUUAAUUAAAACAUUGUUAAACGACCUGUGGAUUGCUAUAUCACAUAGUGCAUUUCUGCUCUUUUAUACUUUUUUAUGAGUUACAAUAGCAGCGAUUCAUUUUGUUUGUAUUUUGCUUACGAACCAACUGCUUUUGAAAACUGUCCAUAGAAUAAAAUGCAUAACGCUAUGGAGUUCUUAAAAGGUUGUUUUCAGCUCACAAUAGGAAAAGUAAUUUAAUGUUUGAGUUUUUUGCUCGGCCAUGAAGAUGAAUCCAGAGACAUUCCAUCACUAAUAUGAUAGUAGCCAUAAUUUUGUAUGAAGUAUUAUAUAUUUCUUUGUGUCUCUGUUCAAAAUUAAAC